UAAUUAUUAAUUGUGUAAGCAAUUAGCUACACUCAGUGCUUGAAUUUGCUAGAAGAAGAUUUCAUCAGGAAAAUCAUGGAGAAGAAUAACACAAAAUGGUUCAGUGUUGAAUCUGUUCCUCAGUGCUAUACAUUUUCCCCAGAAGAAAGACCAGGGGAAGCCCUUAUACCAAUAUGCAAGAAAAUCCCAGUAAUUGACAUUGGAAAAUCCUUAGUCAGUUCUUCAGAAAAUUUGGAAACAAUCAAGCAACUUUUGCAAGCUGGUCAAGAAUUUGGUUUCUUCCAGGUGAUCAACCAUGGAAUCCUAGAAAACGUUCUGACUCAAACAAUGUCCACAUUUGAAGAGUUUUUCGACAUAGCUGGCGAACAAAAUGUAGAUGUAUCAGCCAAGAAAGGGUGGAUCUACACAGGGAGCAAGGAUGAAGUUAAAGAUGGUGUUCAUUUAUGGAGGGAUAAUAUAAAACACCCUUGUCACCCUCUGGAGAAAUGCAUGCAAAGUUGGCCUGAUAAUCCAGCUAGCUACAGAAAAAUAGUGGGAACGUACGUAGUAGAAGUAAGGAAGCUGAGUUUGACAAUACUGGAGCUGAUAUGCCAAGGAUUAGGAAUUGAAGCAGGGUAUUUUGAAGAACAAAGCCGAGUUCAAUUGUUGUCAGCAAACAAUUAUCCAGCGUGCCCAGAUCCGACGCUGACAUUAGGAAUACCAAAACAUCUUGAUCCGAGUCUCAUAACCAUAAUAUAUCAAGGGAAUGUGAGUGGGCUUCAAGUCAUGGUAGAUGGUCAGUGGAUGGGUGUUGGGGCUCUUCCUAAUGCUUUUGUUGUCAACAUAGGCAACCAGUUAGAGAUUAUCAGUAACGGGAAGCUAAGAAGUGUGGAGCACAGAGUAGUAACAAAUUCAAGGGAAGCAAGAACAUCGAUUGCCAUUUUUGUGAAUCCAGCUCCCAACUGCAUCGUUGAGCCUGCAAAAGUCUUGCUUAAUGAAUCUAAUCCCCCUCUCUACAAUUCCAUUCUUUACAGAGAUUUUAUAAAUGCUUCCAAAGCUUUUGGUAUUCAUACUGAUGCCAUACAAAAUGAAGCUUAAUUAAGUUAAUGAUAUAUUACUUACAAAGGUGAAGUCAUGGAAAUAUUAAUCUCAGCAAACGUUUGUUUUCCUGUUUUCUUUUCACCUUCUGAUUGUAAUGUUCGUGAAGUGACUAAUUGCGUGAAUAAAAAGUUUCAUAUAUUCCUUGUAUA